AUUGCAAAAUCAUGGGCUUCUUGAAACUCCUGCAGAAAAGAUAUUUCGGCAAUCGAUAUGAGACAUGUUAACAGGCAGCUAUAAUACGUACACUUUUCGUGAACUAAAGUUUAGUCACAUUUAUUCACAGAUACCUUAAUCCACUGACAACGUGCCUCAUACUGUCAGUGCCCAGUCGGUUAAUGCAUGCAUUAAUACAUGUGAUAAUCUAAAUUUGACAAUAAAACUGACAUAUCGUCUGCUUGAAAGUUCGUCACUUCAUAAGCUCAUCAUAUGAAGCACUUAUUAAUUUAGUUCAGUCGACGCAAUUUACCCUGUAUAUUGUCUAUUAUACACGGUAUAUAUGCCGUAUAUAUUUAUUGUAUAUAUAUAGUGUCAGACUUUAGUUGUUAUUAAUCUUCGGUUGAAAAUAGUUUUCAGACUAUCUUUAUAAUUUUUCAAAUUUUUGAAGAUGCAAUAGAAUAUUCUUCUGUUUGAUGAUCAACUAUAUUUAUAUAAUGGAGUCACGUAUGGAAGACAAACGGUGUUUAUGAUAUUAAGCAUAAGUCAGUUGAAAAAUAGAUAUCCAUGCACUCAACGUGUUUGUGGUUAAAAUAUUAGCCAUCAUGUUUAGUAGCUAAUCUUAAUCCCACCAAACUACAUAAUGAAAAUUCAGGAAGUAGAUGGAUCCAUCCUUCUGGCUGUUAUUUGGUGUAAUCAGAUCUUGUUCCCAUUGAGGUAGAUUUCUUUUGAAAAAUCUGUACGUACAGUUAAAAAAUUUUAAAUGUCAGUGUUAAAUAGGAUGUUAACCUUUGUACUGCAUGUGUCUGGAUGCGUCUUAUGGUCGUUCUAAACUUUAAGUCGUCCAGUUUCAAAUUAUGUAAUUUCGUGUAUAUACGAAAGAAUAAAUCAUUCAAGUGUAAUCGGAACUGUUAGAAUUGUUGAUAUUUGAUGAAUUAUGGUAAUAAUUAUGAAUUUGUAUUUUUAGAUACUUAAUCAACACUGAAAACCCGAAGAUUUCCACUCUUGCAGAUUGAUUUUAUACUUAUUAAGUUGGUCCGUCUGUUAGACUACAUAGCCAAUGUCAGAAAUUCAGAUCGAAGCACUCAACUUAUUCCUCCACGACCGGGCAAAUCUUAGCAAAGAUACCAUACCGAACACUGUCUCUGUGGCAAGAAAACCUAAAUGGAAUUCAGAUGUUUCAAAACCAAACCAUAAGUCAUGUGCAUUUACUUCAUUGUCUGAUGAAUUCAUGCAAACAAAACUGCAUCAUCAACAUGCUCUCAAUAACGUCCGAAGUAAACGUAUUCGUGCUGAAGAGACAGUUAAACAGUCUACAGUUGAAUGGUUGGAGAAUUAUGGUCUGAAAGCUAAACACCUGACAAUCAAUGAUUUUGUUGCAAUGGGUAGAAUUUCGGAGAGUAGGAUGAGAAAAUUUAAUGGUAAAUUCAAUUAAAUAUUCACUAAUCUCCUAACUGUUUGAUUUAAACAAAAAGAAAAUCCGACUGCAACAAUGGAUCAAAUUGUUGCUGAGUUUAAACAAGAUCCCCCAUCACAUCUUGAAUAUGACUUAAAGGAAGUUAAUGAAUUUGAAUGUGGUCUCCACGAAUCCAUUUAUUCUUACACCAAUCGAGUUAGGUGGUUAAUGCAAGAUACAAGGAAAAUAUUCGGUUUAAUUCGUGGUGAAAAUGUUGGUCUUUUGUUAGACAGUUCAGACGCCAAUUUAGGAUUUAAUAGAGAUAAACAAUUAAAAAAACACUUAAUUGAAUUAGUAAAUGAACAGUUGAAUUCAAAUAAAAUAAAAACGCUGUAUGUAGCAAGCUAUGGAACACAAAUCAAUGCCUUAUGGCCUUAUCCAAUGAAUGUGAAUACACGUGUAAUAAACGAGUUGAAAUACUUUAUCAAAGAACAGUUGAUUCCAUCCGGUGGAUCCAAUUUGUUGACUGGUAUAAAACAUAUGAUCAUGUACGGCAGAAAGCAACUGGAUGUGAUCAUUAUAGUAUGCGGCAGUUGUCCCGAUCAACCUGCUCCAUUCAUUCUUCAAUAUAUAGAGCAAAUGUUGGCUGGUCUCAGUCUGCCUCGACUGCACCUAGUCGCCUAUGACUGUCAUAAUCCUGAUGUGAAUCAAUUAUUAGCUCAAGUGGCCACGAUAAAAAAUGACUUCAUUUAUCAUUGUCACUUAUCUGAGAAUGAAUCAGCUGUGUAUACAAGUGAUGAAAUCGCUCGUCUUUUAAAAGAAAUAUAUGAUGCACAAAAAGUUCUUGAAGUUGUUUGUAAUCUCAGGUUACAAAUGGAGAGUUCAUCGACUGUCGCACAGAAAGCUGUACAUGAAAUAAAUAUGGCAUCUGAUGCUUUGUGUGAUUCGCCAAUAUAUUCACUACCUCAACCAAUAAAUACCGAGUCAUUGCAUGGGAAGCUUCGAUUAAGCCAUUUGGAUAGGUGUUGCAGACAAUGGAAGCAUUUUCAACCAACUUCUUCAAUUGAAUGGUUACAUAAACAUGGACUGAAAGCUCGAAAACUUAACUUAUUUCAGAUAUUAGCACCGAAUGCAUAUUCUCAAGUUGUUGGUUAUGUGCCAUCAAUUCAACGGUCAGUCAGUGCUCAAAUACAUGAAAAAUGCAUGGUUCAAAUGAGAUGGCUUGAUGGUUCAAUCAAAAAUGUUCACGUAAAUCUUAAUGAAUUGUAUAGAUACCAAAGAGAGAUAACAAAUUUGGUUUGUUUGUUAGAGAAACGAAUACACUGGUUAACACAGAAAAGUCGAGGAUAUUUUGGUACAGUUAUCGAACCAAAUGCAAUAAUCCUUGUCGACUUAUCAGAAAAUAAUUCUGUCUAUAUGGUUCAUAUACACUAUUGUUUACGUCAUUUACUAGAAGAACAAAUUUCUACAAAAUCUAAAUUUAAUAUAAUCAUAUUUGGUUCAGAGCCGAAAGCUUAUCAGUUGAAUCUGGUCGAUGUUAAUGUUGACACAUUACAAGCCUGCUGGGAAUGGUUUCAAACACAUCAUUGUUCUGGUAGUCGUAAUUUAUUAAGUGCAUUAAGAUUAGCCUUUGAAAGCCAAUCAGAAAAAGAUCUAUUUGAACUACCUUUAGGCGUUUAUCUAUUUACAUCAGGCAUACCUGAUCAAGAGAGUGAAGUGAUAUCGUCAUAUCUUGAAGCUAAACGUUGCACCUUUACAAACACUCAUGUGCAUAUAGCGUUAUACAAUGUGAAUGAUUAUGACAUUGUUACAAAUAAACAUUUACCAAGUCGUUAUGCAAAUAUUACAGAAACUGCUAAUUCUUUACGUGAAAUAGCUCAUUCGACACCGAAUGGACGUUUUCAUUGGUUUCGUGAGAAUGGUAUCAUUGAAAGUGAUGAUGUCCGUGUUUUAUUGGAAGAAAUCGAUGAAGCUGUUAGUUAUUCAAAACAAGCUCAACUACUAGUGGCAUCGGUUAGAGAUCAACGAGUCGUAUCAAAAGAUGAUCAGAAUAAGUCUGAUAGAAGUAUGGUGUCGAAAAGUCUUCUUACUACUACUAAUGCUGCUGCCAGUAAUAAUAACAAUCAAAUAACGAAUGGAUUAACUACUUCAAGUCAACUGGAACCACGCUUAAACUCAUUAACAUUGGCUAGAAAAGAUGCAAUUCAAGCGAAAAUAAAAAGUAUUUCUUCUGGCAAUGAUCUUCAUCUAAAAUCUUUAACCUGGUAUCCUGAAACUUAUACUACUGACAGAACACAGUCUGAUUCUAUAAGAAAUAAAGUGUCUGGUAGGAGUAAAUCAAGUAUCACUGGAAAACCAAUUCAAAUUAGACGGUUCAACUGUCAGAUACCUACAGAAGAAGAAAAACUUACCAGUCGUGAAUGGCUACGUAAAUAUAGUAUACGUAGUUUGGGACUGAAUUUAACACGUCUUACAUCUGGAAUGGAUUGUAAACAUGAAAUGUCUUUUAUUAAUUCAACUCGAACACUUGUACAUGCACGCUACUGUAGUGGUCUGUUCCCACUUGUUAAUGUGUCCGGGACUCUUCGACAUCUUCAGUACACACUGGAUGAACUGGAAGCUUUUAAACAAGAAGUGAUAAAAGCAUUGAAACGUUAUAUUCAGCGUUACAAGUGGUUAAUAACAGGCUCUAGAAAAUAUUUUGGUAUGAUACGUGAAGAGUACAUUGUCAUUUUAAUUGAUACCUCCGGUUCAAUGGAUAUUCAUAUGAAUGAGAUAAAAACUCAACUGAAAAUUCUAAUCUGGGAACAACUACACAAGAAUAAAGUUCACUUCAAUUUAAUCGCUUUCAAUAGUUUUUUGAUUGAAUGGCAAGAUUCAGGUUUAGUAAUCGCCAGUGAAAUGAACUGUCAUGAUGCAGUGGCAUGGAUUGAACAGUUGAAAGCUCUCGGUGGAACGUGUACAGGUGAAGCAAUUCUACGUGGUUUAAAUUAUUUGAAAAAUACAGUGCUGUCAGACCAGAUAAAAACUUCCAGUGAUUAUGAUGGUACAAAUCUAAAUAAUAUGAGUAAAGGAUUGUACCUAAUUACAGAUGGUAAACCAGAUGUGAGUUGUUCUUCAUUGAUUGGGAAUAUUGAUAAAAUCUGGAAAUUCAAUGGAGAAAACACUGAAAUUUCUAAGUCGGCAAGGGUUCCUUCAAGUCAAAGUAAUAAAAUGAAACACUCAAAGAAGCGUAAAUUGAUACAACUACACAAAGGCCCACCAAUACAUACAAUUUCUUAUACAAAUGAUGAGAUUGCAGUAUCCUUCUUAAAAAAGCUAUCAAAUUUAACCAAUGGACGUUUUCAUAGUCCCCUCAAUUUAACAUCGACAACCAAUGUGCUUUUAAACUAUUUCCUACAGUCAAUAAAUGAUAUAGAAACUAGUCAAAAUAAUUCAUCUGAUAAUCAAACUAUUAGUGAUAUUUUAUCAUAUCAUGAAAUACAAUCGGAUGAUAUCAGGUUAAUUCAAAAAGAAAUCUGUACAACUUAUCGGACACUAAACUGUUUAAAGUAUUUCCAAGAUGUAUAUAAAAAAACAAAACUGCACAAGAAGUGAUCAUCAGUAAAUAUGUAGUACUUUGAUAUAUUCAUAAAGAAGUUUUUGAAAAAAAUCAAUGUU